GUCCAAAAAAUUGUUUCAAAAUCGUUCAACACGGGUCCAACGAUGGACGUUCGUUGAACGGUUAUUUGGACGUUGUCCAAAUUGGUCCAACGAACGUCCUUCAUUGGACGAUUUUGAAACCAACCGUUCUUAGAGGGAUCUACCACACAAUCAAGCAAAAUACGCUGUGUUACAUAGCGGUACUUUCCGAACCAAAGCUCGACCGGAAUGACAAUUGUAAAUCACCACCAGUCAAUAUGAGUGGAUCAGUUGCAGAUUUUGUGAAAAGCGCCAUAACCCAGGACAAAGUGGUCAUUUUCUCUAAAACUUACUGCCCAUAUUGCACAAUGGCUAAAGAGCCAUUUAAAAAACUAAACCAACAAUUUGCUUGCUACGAACUGGAUCAACGCAACGAUGGUGACCAAAUUCAAUCCGUAUUAGGAGAGUUAACCGGGGCAAGAAGCGUACCUCGGGUGUUCAUUAAUGGAGAAUUUGUCGGAGGUGGAACCGACAUAAAAAAAAUGUAUUCAGAUGGGCGUUUGGAAAAAUUAUUAACCUAGAAAACAAACGGUUGCAUUACACAUGUUUUUAUAUAGAUAUGAAAUAUAAAAUAAACGAUUGAUAUUUACAUCGUUCGGGGGAGCUCUGUUAGCAGGCCAAAGCUUCACCCUACUAAACCCUAUUGUAAUAUUCAUUAAGAAACGCGCUUAUCAGUGGCGGAUCUAGGGGGAGGGUCUUGGGGGUCCGGACCCCCUCCGAAGUUUUUUUCAUUUGUUGAGAAAUUUUAAAUAAGUUACAAUUUUAUAUCAGUUUCAAACUCAAAAUCAUUCUAAACAAAAUUUGACUAACACAAAUGAUUCUCAUUGAAUAAAGUUAUUACGUAUGUCGAA